AUGAGCGAUUCCGCCUCCGCCUAUGAGCCCGACGACGACCCCGAGUCUGGGUCCGACUUCGAACAACCCGAAUCUGAAUCUGACUUCGGGCAACCCCGCUCGCCCAGUGGACGCUCUACAACCCCGAAUCAAAAUCUCAAUGAAUAUGAUUACAAUCGCGACCCGUCGUUCGAUGGGGUCGGACGACAAAUAGGCGAUGCGCUUAUGCAACGCGUCCCGCAAAUGCGUGGAUCGCUCACAUUUCUUCGAGCCUACGCCCACAUGAUCGUGCAAAACGAGGAGAUUAUUGAUUUUGCCUCGCUCAGAGAACUUGAUAAUCCAUACCAAGUAAGUCAACAUGGCUCGAUGGUUUGGACCCCCACGGAGAAAGAAGUGUUUUUCAAUGCACUGGACCGAAAGGGAAAGGGUGGCAUUAAAGAGAUUGCUGUUGCGAUCGGCACCAAGUCAGAACUCGAGGUUAUGGAAUACAUUCAGUUUUUGCAUAAGGCCUUGACGGCCCAGUAUAGUUCCGACGUGCAUCUGGAACGCAUGCCUGUCUUGAGCGAUGUCCUAGCGGCCACGGAGGUCAGCGAGGAAUGCUGUGAACUACUCGAGGAAUAUGCGGAUGUCCUCUCGUUGAAAGAGUCUCUUGUGGAAGCUCGAGCUGGAAUACAGCAACAUGGGGAUAACUGGGUUAUCACUCGUGAUCGUGCACAGGAUCUGGACGAUCAGGAGGACAACAGUGCUCGAGGUGACCUCCGCCUCGCAUCUGACUUGCUGAACCUUCCAUAUUGGGUUCGACUUUCUUAUGUAUUGUUCAUGAACUUCGGUGGCACACAAGCUGAAAACAACUGGUGGAAUCUUGCCAAGAGACAAGACCUUAUUACAGCGUACGGACAUACUCCAUCGAUGACUGCAGAUACCGCUGUGGACUUCUAUUCUCUCACUGUUAGCAUUACGCGCCGCUUGGUCCAAUCAUCCCUCUUCUUUGCAAUGUCAAGAUUGCGCAGCUCGAACCGCAGUGGGAAUGACAGAAAAGGACAUAUUCGAACGCAAGAUGUGCGGGCCGCCAUUGAGGUGCUCAACAUGAAGCACUGCAGGCCUAACUUUGUGGAUAUCGCUCGUCGCAAUGAAACAGUCCUGGAAGACAUCAACAACCGGAAAGGCUGGACGCCUACGGUAUUCACCUACGAAGAAGCCAAAGAGAUCAUCGAAAGACACGAGUGGACCCGCUACCGUAAAGAUGGAACUAUGUACAAUGGUGACAACGAUGAAGAGGACAGUGAAGGCGAUGCCAUCAUUGGCGAUGACAUCGGGACAUAUGACGACAUUGAAAUGGAGGUCAACAACCGAGAGGCAGAAUUGGAGCCAAUGGCAGAACCGGUGCCGCCACUAGAGCUAGAACCAGAACGGGAACCCAGUCCAGAGUUCGGAUCUGAAUCAGAUUCAGAUUCAGAACUAGAAGACAUCGAUCACGAUCCCAUGCCCACCCGAGAGCCCCCCGAGAUGUUAGCGCCAGUUGUAUUGCCCGACGAACUGGAAAUGGACCCAGAAGAAGAGGAUGCAGACAUCGCAGAUCAGAACAUCAGCCAUCGCGAAGAGGCCAACUUCCUGAAGUUAAUGGAACAACCCGUGCCGUCCGUCCUCGAGGAACCUCUGAAGGCAGAAGAACCCGAGGACGAGAACAAGCUACUGCCAGAGCGCAGAAUCAGGGAAAAUAUCUUCAAUUGGCGUGAUCGGAUCGUCUACCGCAGCGAGUGGGAGGAGUACGGAUACGAUUUCGCCGAUCUGAAGGAAGACAUAGAAAUGCCUCCGCUGAAAAGGCCCAGAUACAACGAACUGGCAGUUGCUCCCUCUGCUCCGGUUCCUCCGGGCGAGGAGGCAAUAGUUGAUAGUGAAGAGGACGAGCAUGGAUCUCAGCAAAGAGAACAACCACCAACCGUUGGAGAGUCCUAA